CGAGAAGUAAAUCGCAAUUCGCGUUCCUGGCAUCACUUGCUACUGCUCUGAUUCUCUCUGAUCGGGAGUUUUGAUAGCGAGAAGGCGCGAAAUAGACAGAGGCGCUGGGAUUGAGUACGUCGUGUUUUGAGCUUGGACGGUGAAAUUUGUGUUGUGAAUUUGUGCGGGUUAGGUGUUUUAGGGUUGGGGGAAAUCGUUGACUGUGUUGUGGAGCCGUAGUACCUGACUGAGUGGGGGCAAACUAUACCUCCGGUGUACAAUUGGAUGUUUUCAAAGCAUGUAACUGACGUGCGUUGAGUUGUAUUUGGUUGAUUCUGUUAAGCCCUUAGAUUACCGAGUUUGGAUCGAUGCUACGCUUUCCUUAUAUUUGUUCGAUGCAAAUCUCAUUCUGCUGUUUCUACUCUGGGGAUAAAAUUUGUUGAGUGCUCACAGUGGUUGAACAUCAGCUAUCCAGCUUUAGUCCAGUUGAGUAAUGGACUAUAAUCCAAGGUCUCAUAAAGUUGUUUACAAUCACAGUCUUGCCACGAUAUUGGUGGAGUAUGCAUCUGCCGUUUACAUGUCAGAUUUGACCGAACUGUUUAGCUGGACAUGUCCUAGAUGUGAUGGAAAGUCCAAGCUGGGGUUCGAAGUCAUUGAACUGAUAGUUGAUGUCCAGCACUGCUUACAGGCAUAUGUUGGGGUGGCCAAGGACCUUAAUGCUAUGGUUAUAGCUUUCAGAGGUACUCAAGAACAUAGCGUACGAAAUUGGGUUGAAGAUCUCUACUAGAAAUAGCUUUACAUAAACUACCCUGGCAUGCCCGGUGCCAUGGUUCGUGAUGGAUUUUAUUAUGCUUAUCACAAUACGACAAUUCGACCUGGUAUUUUUUAUGCUGUCAUAGGAGCCAAGGAUUUAUAUAGAGACAUUAACGUCAUGGUGACUGGGCAUUCUAUAGGAGGGGCUAUGGCAUCCUUUUACGGACUUGAUCUUGUGGUCAAUCAUGAAGCACGGAAUGUUCAGGUUUUAACAUUUGGACAACCUCGUAUUGGCAAUUCAGCGUUUGCGUCUUACUACAGUGACCGUGUGCCAAAUACAAUACGUAUUACUAAUGGACAUGAUAUUGUGCCCUAUUUGCCUCCGUAUUAUUCUCGGUUCCCACAGAAGACUUACCAUCACUUCCCAAGAGAGGUAUGGCUGUCUAAUAUAGGAUUUGGUAGUCUGGUUUAUCAGGCUGAGAAAGUUUGUGAUAGCUCUGGAGAAGAUCCAUCAUGCAGCAGAUCGAUAACUGGUAACAGCAUCAUGGACCAUUUAGUCUACCAUGGUGUGGGAUUAAUGGCUGGGACGUGGGGAUCGUGCAAAAUCGUCAUGGACGCACAAUUGAAGGAAUAUGGAGCUGAAGAUGUCAAAGGAAAUCUUAUGCUUUCCAGGAAUCCUUCUGCUUCUGCAUUGAGGCUGCCUUCAGACUCCGAUGCCAAGAGCAAUUUCAGUUAAAAUGCUCCCGGGUCAGUACCUGGUUUCUCAAAGAUCAUCAAGGACCUCUGUGAUGAUGGUCAUGAAAUGCAUUCCAUCAAUCUGUUGUCCAUAUCCAUCACAAGAUGCAUAAGCGCUCUACUCAAAUUCACUCCGAAUGUAUAUAGCAUGAAAUUGAAUGUAUCAUCCUUGUAAAUACAACUCCGUGACUUCUAUUGAAUGAAUGCGUUUACAAGUUUACCUGUCAAUCUAAUCUUGAGCUUGUGGCUUUUG